ACAGCGGGAAGCAGACAGAAGGGUACGACGAGGGGGAUUCCUGCGAGCAGUCAUGUGAUUAGUCGGGUAUGCAAUCCUCUUCUUCUACAGGCGACAGACAGAGAAUUUACGGCUGGGGAGCUUCACUGCAAAGCAGUCAGGUGCGUAUACAGGCACGUAAUCCUCUUCUUCUACAGGUGACGGGCUGGGGAGCUUCGGGCUGGUUAACCCCCUUUAAAAUACAGAAAACAUCGUCUAACAAAGAGCACCAGAACACACAAUAAACUUGCUGACAAAGCUGAAUAAUCCUUAUGUUAUAGCUGUGAUCUGAACACAUCAAUAUAAUAAAAACUGGUUCACAACACACACUGCAUAAAGUGAACUCAUCUGCAAAGCUCUAUACAAAAGGUCUCAAUCCUGUAACACGAAGUCAAGUGUUUUAAAUUUUAGCACUAGAGGGCGACUUCCUUUCUUCAACUAGACAAGUAUCCUUGAAAAUAACCAGUUAAGUUGUCUAAUUAAUAUUAAAUUAAUAAAGGAAGAAUUUGCUGUGUUAUUUUGCAUUUGAUUAUUUAAUAGUCACACAGUUCAGAGAAGUAAAAUAGUUCACAGACAAAUAUUAGUGUCUGACUAGAGCUCUCAAUCUAAUCUUAUUGAGUGGCUUGACAUCUACACUCUCCAGACAGAGAAACCAAGUGUGUAUAUUAAAUAUAAACUGAGAGAGUAUACUAGACACCUGCAUGUACUACAGCGGCAAAUGUUAGCAAAUGCAUUUACUUGAACACAAACCUGACACAUAACAUGAGUCUCACUGUUCUUUCUCCCUUUAUACUAAUGCAAUUGUGAUAACUUAAAAUAAUGAGAUGAAAUGUUUCCUGUUUAGUUCCUGGCAGAUAGUUAACUGCUAGUUGUAUAACUAACAAAGUUUGCCAGCAUACCCUAUGCGUUCAAAAGGUAAUGCUAAUAAAAUAUUAAUACACUUUUUAAUAAAAUAAUAUUACAAGAAAAUUAAAGAGAAUAUGCGGUAUUAACUUGAGGAAAAACCCUUUCAGUUCGUCAAUUGAUUGAGUGAACAUGUACAGUUUGUUCAGGUUCUUUGCAUUAAAGUGAACUUUUUAAGAACAGUUGCAGUCCUUGACAGUGAGUGAUAUUUUCUAGUCAUCAUCAAAAAUCAAGCAAACAAAACAUGCUACAUAGCUUUAGUUAUGUGGUCAGGGGGAUCUUUCUGCCCCAACCUAAGCUCCGCCCACAAAAACCGCGUCACAAUGUAAAUUUACAGAAAAUCUGUCUAUAGCAACUAAUAGCAUAAUUCAUAUUAGCAAACAUCUUUAUCUACAUGGCAAAAUAUAGAAAUGUGUGACUAUUAUAUUCAAAACAAAAAAAUAGAAUCAAAAUAAGUUAAAUAAAUCAACAUUCAUGUUUUGGAUCAGUGUGAAUUAAACUUUAAAUGACUGGAUUAACAGCAAUGAAAGGGCAGACUUUAUGUAUUUAUUUAUAUUUGGCCCAUGUCUGAGAUUAACUAAAUACAGUCGUGGCCAAAAGUUUUGAGAAUUACAUAAAUAUUGGAAAUUGAAAAAGUUGCUGCUUAAGUUUUUAUAAUAGCAAUUUGCAUAUACUCCAGAAUGUUAUGAAGAGUGAUCAGAUGAAUUGCAUAGUCCUUCUUUGCCAUGAAAAUUAACUUAAUCCCCAAAAAUCCACUGCAUUUCAUUGCUGUCACUAAAGGACCUGCGGAGAUCAUUUCAGUAAUAAUCUUGUUAACUCAGGUGAGAAUGUUGACAAGCACAAGGCUGGAGAUCAUUAUGUCAGGCUGUUUGGGUUAGAAUGGCAGACUUGACAUGUUAAAAGGAGGGUGAUGCUUGAAAUCAUUGUUCUUCCAUUGUUAACCAUGGUGACCUGCAAAGAAACGCGUGCAGCCAUCAUUGCGUUGCAUAAAAAUGGCUUCACAGGCAAGGAUAUUGUGGCUACUAAGAUUGCACCUAAAUCAACAAUUUAUAGGUUCAUCAAGAACUUCAAGGAAAGAGGUUCAAUUCUUGUAAAGAAGGCUUCAGGGCGUCCAAGAAAGUCCAGCAAGCGCCAGGAUCGUCUCCUAAAGAGGAUUCAGCUGCGGGAUCGGAGUGCCACCAGUGCAGAGCUUGCUCUGGAAUGGCAGCAGGCCGGUGUGAGUGCAUCUGCACGCACAGUGAGACGAAGACUUUUGGAAGAUGGCCUGGUGUCAAGAAGGGGAGCAAAGAUGCCGUUUCUCUCCAAAAAAAAACAUCAGGGACGGAUUGAUCUUCUGCAGAAAGUAGAGUAAAGGGACUGUUGAGGACUGAGGCAAAGUCAUAUUCUCCGAUGAAGCCCCUUUCCGAUUGUUUGGGGCAUCUGGAAACAGGCUUGUCCGGAGAAGAAAAGGUGAGCGCUACCAUCAGUCCUGUGUCAUGCCAACAGCAAAGCAUCCUAACACCAUUCAUGUGUGGGGUUGCUUCUCAUCCAAGGGAGUGGGCUCACUCACAAUUCUGCCCAAAAACACAGCCAUGAAUAAAGAAUGGUACCAAAACACCCUCCAACAGCAACUUCUUCCAACAAUCCAACAACAUUUUGGUGAAGAACAAUGCAUUUUCCAGCACGAUGGAGCGCCGCUCCAUAAGGCAAAAGUGAUAACUAAGUGGGUCGGGGACCAGAAUGUUGAAAUUUUGGGUCCAUGGCCUGGAAACUCCCCAGAUCUUAAUCCCAUUGAGAACUUGUGGUCAAUCCUCAAGAGGCGGGUGGACAAACAAAAACCCACUAAUUCUGACAAACUCCAAGAAGUUAUUAUGAAAGAAUGGGUUGCUAUCAGUCAGGAUUUGGCCCAGAAGUUGAUUGAGAGCAUGCCCAGUCGAAUUGCAGAGGUCCUGAAAAAGAAGGGGGCAAACCCUGCAAAUACUGAGUGAGUAUAGUAGUGAGUAUACUCUGAUUCCUCCCCAGCCUACUCAUCCGUCCCAGGUCGACAACCCAUGAGCACCACCACACUCACGAAUUCAAGGAUAGAGUAUUCCUCUAUAUGUAAUCAAGAAAGAUUUCAAUAGCCAAUGAAAGCUGGGGGGACUUGCUGUUUUUAAAUCAGUCAGUUAAGAGUUUUAUUUAUGUAUACAGUCACUAAAGCACAGGUUUUAUCAGCUGGCAAUUUUCAAUGGACAUUAGUGAUCCACGGGAAAAGCUAUUAAGUAUUUCUACACAAACCGAUCCUGCUAAAAAUAGUAUUACAUACAUUCUAGUGGUUUCCAUUUAAAUACCAUAAUGAAACACAUUUCUUUAUAAAUUUUUAUUUUAUGUAUUUUCUAUUGAUUCCCAUCUGCAUCUCUUGUGUUUUGGGCAGGGUUCUAUUGUUUUUUUAAGCAGGGCAACUACAUAAUGUGAAGAAUAUCUUGUGAAAGUAUAAACAUUAGAUUUUGAUUUAGUUUGACUAAGGCCAAGUCAGAGACUUACAGUAAAUCAUAUUGAAAAAAAUGGUUAAAAUCAAACUCUGAUACCCAUCCCUAAUAACUAGAUUUUUCACAAACUUUAUGUGUGUAAGUUGCAUCUAUUAUUGACAUUGAUAGUUAGUUAUUGACAAUGAACAUUUGUGCAGUUUUAUCAAGCACCUGUUUCACCUAAAGAUUGCUUGCAGUGUCUCUAGCUUGACUUUCACAAGGCUUGUAAGGAGUUCUCAUCUCUUAUCAUCUAAAAGAAUUAUAAACAUUGUAGUAUAAGUUAUUUCUCCCUUUCUCCCUCAUGAAUUGAUUCAACACACAAACACAUUUUUGGCUGGUGGUGGAGGUUAUCACCCAUGCGUAAGAAUCUAAUGGAUGUUUCUUGCCUUCAGUUGGGAGAUGUCAUUCAACAAGAUGCAUCUCAACGUCUUGGGCAGGCAGCACUAAAAGGUAUCCCCCAAAUGACGUCUUCAUGGCAGAAAUGUGGUCAUCUGUGAACGUUUUCACGUUACCACAGAAUUAAUUUAGCUACAACAGACUUAAUUAAAACAGCAAUCCUGUCGGGAACCUCAACUUUAAAGUUGUGAGUAGGCCCCCUGGUGACUUUAUUGUUAUAAGUCCUCCAGUGUAAAGCACUGCCUCUGUCGGUCAGGAAGAAUGAAAUUGAAAGAGAGUUAAGAAUGUUACUGUGGUUCUUUGAGUUUUGGAUGACCACCAGAGCUUUCUGUUAUUGUUCUGUUUUUUCUUUCUAUCGGAGUCACAGCAAGAAGAUUCCGUAGAGACAGUUUACCAGAGGUCACAGGGUUAAAUACAUGUCACCUGUAUUUACCUACCCGUGGAUGUUACCUGUAUUUAUUUACCCGUGGUUCUUACCUUUGUAUACUUACCAGUUGAAGUUACUAGUGUUUAUUUCCCCAUGGAUGUUACCUGAAUAUCAUUUACCCGUAGAUGUUAAUUCAACACCAGCAAACAGGUAUUUUUCAGAUGGGACACAAGACUAAUCUUAAAACAGGUGGGGGUUGAUCAACGGCGAACACAAGGGCUUGUCAAGAGGGGUAAUUCAACACACAGGCAGAAGAUCAGAACACGAGAAAACAGUCAAGACUUUGACUAGACUAUGGAAACUCGAACAAAAUACUUUGACGACAACAACAGGGAACUGGCUCCGUAAAGCAGCUACUAUUAACAGCAUAACGCUGCUGCUUCUUCUUCUUCUAAUGGUGUUUUAUGGCGGUUGGCAAACCAACUUUCGGUGCAUUACCACCACCAACUGGACUGCAGUGUGAAGCACUAAUAAGCGUCUAGAAAUUAACAACUUAAAAAAAAAACCCCAUUACUUUAAAUUAUCCUGUCUACUCCAAUAGCUUUAAAAUAUUUCAUAAUAACACUAUAUAUUUUUUCUUGUUCUGCAUGUAUUUUCAAUAGACUUUCCAUAUUAAAUGAUACAACACCCAAUUUACUUACUUCCUUCAUAAGUUCUAUUCUUUCCUUUACAUAUUUUAUGCAUUUUAUUAAAACAUGUUCUAUUGUUUCUGCCUGAUCACAAUAAUUACAUUUACCCGUUUUAUGUUUUCCUAUUUUGAACAAUGAAUGAUUUAAUCUAGUGUGCCCUGUUAGAAUGCGAGAAAUGAUUGUAUCUUCUUUUCUAAGAUACAAUGGAACACUUCUUCCAUUUCCUACUUGUUUCUGUAUACUAUACAUAUGUCUACCCUUGCUAUCAUUGUUCCAUACUUCUUGCCAUUUAUUGUUUAUGAAUUCUUUUAUUUUACAUUUAACCUCUUUUUUUCAGGAUUAUGAGUCACUUGAAUAUUUAUCUCUAUGUGUUUUACAGCUUGCUUCGCUAGUUUAUCAACCACUUCAUUAGCCUCCAAUCCCACAUGAGCAGGAACCCACACGAACACUAUUAAGCUAACACUACUUAUUCUUAAUAAACUUGCAAGAAUCUCAUAUAUAAUGUCUUGCCUUGAUGCUUUAUUUCCACUUACUAGGCUUGUAAUUGCUGCAUAAGAAUCUGAACAUAUUGCUACUAAUCUUGGUUUUACAUCCUCAACCCACUGUAGUGCUACCAUCAUGCCAACUAAUUCUGCUGCAAACACAGAUAUAUUAUCAGAUAUUCUUUUCUUAAUACUUCAGCAUAACGCUUAAACAAUACCCGGCCCUUGAAUGGUCGUUUGAGACUGAUUCUAAUAGUGUGUGUGAUUGGUUUCAGGUGUGCUUGUGAUGAGCAUGGGAAAUGUAGUUCAGGGUGAUGGAAGUAAACUUGUUAUUUUAUUCCUUGUCCCUCUCAUUUUCAUGUCAUUGCUGUUGCUGAAAGGGUAUCUCUACUCGACCUGUGACUUUCUGUUGUCGAAUGACUGUUGAUAAAGCUGAAAAACGCCAUGUGGAGGACAUCUGCUGGCCAACAUGUAUAAAUGCAAAGACUCAAGUCACAUUAUGACUGUGAAAAUGACUAUACAUUGAAAUAAUUGUAAGCACACUUUCUCGUAUGGAAACCUUUGUUUAUUAUACUAUACUCUUUAUGUUUUUGUCCAUGUAUUUACAUAUCUCAAGAUGGAAAAGUUACUUUAGCCAAAAAAAGAAAUUAUAAGAUAUAUCUUAGUGCUUUUUUGUUCUUAAAAUACACGUUCUUCAAAAUAUCGUAAUUUAUGUUCUGCAUCAACAAAAUCAUAGUUCCCAUGCCAAUUCAAGAUUACCAAAUUGUCAUAGAGAUAGCUGCACACAAUUCACAGUCAUUAUCAACCAAUAUAAUCUCUCAUCACUUUAAAAAAUGAAAAAAUAAAUACAUUAAAUGAAACACAUCAUUAAAAUGACUUGCAAACAAUGGACUACAACAAUGCAACAACAAGGCCCAGUUGCAUCCAAGAAUAGCAAGGAGCUCACCGGCUGCGUCUUCCUUGAAAGCUUUGUUUUGCACAAACAGUCUUGGUGUUUCAGUCUAAACUCCCAGAUCUCAUUCACCUCUCAUGCUGCUCGCUCCCACUGCUGCUCUGUAGAAAUGAUGUGUGUGUGUGUGUGUGUGACUCCAACCGCAAAUUGAUUGGUAAAUCACCUUCACCUGGUGCACUCAGCCUAGUGUAUCCAGGCUGGAGGGGCGCUGCCCACAGUCAAUGGUAUAAAAGUGGGAUUCUGGAUACAGCUUCACACAAUCCUCAUUAAAGUUCUGAAAGCACGAAACCAAAAAGCUGUGAGUUUAAACACUGACCUACUGAUGCUUUUGUCUUUAAUUUUAACUACUAAAAAGUCUGUUGCUGUUUUUUAUUCAUUUUCAGAUUUAUCAUGGCAGUGAUGAGAGGUCUUGUGCUUCUUUUCUUGGUCUUUUCUGUGGAGUAUGAAGCAGCUGACGUCUGUUCAAUUGGAUGGACACCUUUUGUAGUUGAAUGCUUCAAGUUCUUCCCCCAGGCAGUUGACUGGGUCACAGCAGAGAAAAAUUGUCAAAGCCUUGAUGGAAAUCUUGCGUCUGUGCGCAGGCCACAACAAAAUGAUUUUCUCCUGAGUCUGGUACCUGUUAACACUCGUGUCUGGAUUGGAGGUCAUGAUGGUGAAAUUGAAAAUCAAUGGCUGUGGAGUGACGGAACCCGAUAUAUCUACACCAACUGGUGCAAUACACAACCUGACAAUUUUAAAGGUUCUGAGCACUGCCUGGAGAUCAGCUAUACAGAUAACCGUUGCUGGAACGAUGAAGCCUGUAGUACCACACUAGGUUACAUUUGUGCUCGAAGACCCUCAUGAGAAUUCUGCAUAGAGUACACCUUUGAAAUUGUACCACCACAUCAUCUCUAAA